AUGCAAAUCGCAUAUUGCUCUGACGAAGCAGGCUCCUUGCAGGAGAAGCUAAAUCAAAAACUUGGCCCCGAGUUUAUCUCACACCGAGCUGGACCUGGAGGGCGCAAGGUCGCAUACAUUUCCGGGGACAAAUCCAUAAAUCUUGCCAACCAUGUUUUCGGAUUCAACGGGUGGUCCUCACAAAUCCAAGAGGUGGUCGUGGACUUUGUCGAUGAGUCUGCCGGUCGAGUAAGCAUUGGCAUAUCGGUCACGAUGAGGUUGACAUUGCGAGAUGGAAUGUAUCGAGAGGAUAUUGGCUACGGCGAGGCGGAAAACAUGAAGGGCAAGGCUGCCGCAUUCUCAAAAGCAAAGAAAUCUGCCACGACGGAUGCUCUCAAGCGAACUCUACGCCAAUUCGGGGAAAUAUUCAGUUGCAUCUCAGAUGCCGAUUUUCUCAAAAAGGUCCUGAAAAUCAAGGUGCCAUCGACCGACCUUGAUGAAUCAGUACUGUAUAGACAUCCUGAUGUUUCGAAGCGAAUAAAAACAAGAACGGCAGCACCAGUUCAAAAGGCUGAGCCUGAACCACCCACAAUCGACUUUAGUAAUGUCGUCGCAGAGAAUGAUGAGGAUGGAGAUUUUGAAGAGUAUGGAAUGGCCGAAGAUGACAUGGAAGGCUUGAUUGAUGACGAAGCUCUGAUAGUUGCACCAUCUGCUCCUUUGAACAGAGCACCAAACCCACCUCCCGCUCAAAAUAUCUUGCAACAGCAAAGAGGGCCUAUGUAUCCUAUGCCACCCCCGAUCUCCCGAUUCAACCAGGCGGGCAACAGUAAUAAUCAAGAAGCAACUCGACAGCCACCCCCAAUAGCGCCGUUAUCGCACACACACUCGGGAAACUCAGGUCUGGUCCAUCGUCCGCUCGCGGCUGGGCCAAGCGUAGGAGUGGCUGGUCAGGACCAACGAAGCAAUAUCACAAUGUCACUCUCAGGCCCUGGAAGACAGGAAACACCCGCACCGCAAAUCCCACCCGGCGCUUUCUUUAGCGCUCGUGCUACUCUUGACAGCGGUGCAGCCAAAGAGGUUUUCAACCCUCAGCUACAAAGCCCAUCCAUCAAGAAGACAGCUGGGAUAGACCAUUCCAAGUCAACACCUAUCUCAAGAGCCAAGUUUGGACUUCCUGAUUUGCCAUCUGGUUCCCCAACUAUAUCAAAACCCAAUUUCCAGCCUCCAGGAGCGAACGGAUUCAGACCUAUCGGUAUUUCAGCAGCGCAAGCUCCAGGUAACCGAGGAUUUAGGGCACCGACAUUAACAAAUCCAAAUAAUGCCGGCCAAAAAAUGUAUCCCCCUCUGAACGCGCCAAAGCGAAAUUCGGAUGGCCUACCGGUCAAUGACAUGAUGAACCGACCAAUACUUGCAGAAGCAUCGAACAAAGCUUUAAAUGUGCAAUUUCAAUCAGGGAACCAAUGGUGGGUCUGA